AUGUCAAAAAUUAAACAGUACUUUAAAAAGAAGAAGGACGAAGCCGCAUUUAAAUUCAAGCUUGGCGGUGGUAGUUUGGGUCAGGGACAUUCGUUAAGUUCUUCAGAGCCAGGAACGUCUUCUUCGCAAGGAAGAAAAUCUAACUACGAGGAGUACGUACCACCAAAAAGGAAAGAAUUAAGCAAUGAGGCCAAAGCAGCGGCAGAAGCCGCUCUGGCACGCAUCGAGAAAAGGGGCGAUGCCAAGACUUUGAAUACUUCGCUAGCAGCAAUAAAAGCUAGAGCUAAACAAGAACUUCAAGCUGAAGCGGCAGCUCUCAAACAGGAGACAGAGUGUGCAAACAACGAAAACGCACCCACUUCUAACGUGGCGUCUAUAUUUUAUCGUUGCCCUCUAGUGAGUGACGAAAUACUUCCCCGAAAGGAAUGGAGAGGAAAAAUAAAAGAGUUUUUGUACCAGCAACUAGAAAACAGCGAUGAAAAAGCCUUGACAUCUUGCUUAAUAAUUCAGAAUUGUAAUAGUAAAGAGAAGGCAGAGGAAUGCGUUCAGACUCUUUGUAAAUAUUUGGAAAAUAUUAUCAACCACCCUAAUGAGGAAAAGUACUGUUCAAUACGUAUGUCUAACAGGAUAUUCUCCGAUAAAGUUCGAUAUGUCGAGGGAGCACUGGAUUUUCUUAAUGCUUGUGGUUUUCGAGAAAUAAUGUUGGACAACGAAUUAUUUUUGAUAUGGUCCAAAGAUAAUAUAGAAAAAGACUACGAUUUACCAUUAAUGUUAGAGUCCUUGAGAAAUGCUGAACAGAUACAUUUGGAGUUGGACAGGAAUAUAAAAGUUCUUUUGCCUUCGCAGGCAAAAAAUGUUAGUUUGCCAGACGACUUCUAUCGCAUAUCCCCUGAAGAACUUAAAAGAGAACAACAACUCAGAACUGAAGCUUUGGAAAACGCCCAAAUACUGAAAACAAAAGCGAUGCGCGAACGCGAAGAACAGCGACUCAUGAGAAUGUACAAAUACGCGUUGAUACGAGUAAAGUUCCCGAAUGGACUCUACAUUCAAGGAACAUUUGAUGUUUACGAAAAGCUUAUUGAUGUCUAUGAAUUUGUGCAAUCAUGCUUACAAAACGAAUGUAUGGACUUCAAUUUAAUGUUGCCCAAUGGCGGUAAAUUCUCCGAAGACGACAUGGAGAAGACACUAUUUGAUUUAAGACUUAUACCAAAUGUAGUAUUACUCUUUACAUCACCAGGAGAAUUGGGGUCAGACGGCAAUUUUUUGAAAGAAGAUCUAUUGCUGCUUGUACAAAAUAUGUAA